GCAUUAGUUUCCCUCCCCUUGCUUAUAUUCCCCUGUCUAAACACGUUCUUUGUUCUGUAAAGUGACUGUUUCUACUAUAAUAACAGAUUGACAAUGCCACAACAAGCACCAGUUUUAGAAUUUCCGAUUGGAUUUGAAAGCAUUAUGAACGUAGAUCCGACGUACGAUCUUCCAUGUCCAAAAUGCCUGCCGAAUAGCCUUGAAGCAUUUGAGAUUGAGUUGGUGAAAUGGCUAGAUCUUGAAAGCCACGCGUGCAAACCAGUUAUUAUGGCAGUACUCGAAAACGAUCCGUCUUAUACCGAUUAUGAACAUUUCUAUAGGAGCUCGAUAGUAUCUGUAUAUCAUCCGUUUCUUCAUAUAGAUGAUGAUACUGUAAGAAUGAGCCUGUCCUGUUACAGAAUCGUGCAGACUAAAUUAAUUGCUCUUCUUACUACAAUUGACAAGGUUGUAGAAGAGGCUCCCGAAGAUGGACCAUAUUCUGAAGCUGGGAAACGAUUACAGAAUUUAUUUAUGGAAGAAGAUGAAUUUCAGCCUUUGAUUUUGUCUCCAGAUAUAAGGGAAUUCCUUGGUCUCAAUAGAUAGGAUGAAGAAAAUUAAAGACAGCUACAUUGUAUAUAGAUACCAUGAUUACAGCUGGGAGACAGAUGUUUAUGGAUGUCGGUGAAAAGAUGUUUACACAUGCUUAGACGAAACAGUAGAAAUAUGUAGAUAAAAGAAGUGAUGUAGGCAAAUGUGACUGGAUCGUUAGGAGAAAAUCAGGAAACAAAGAAAAAGAAUGAAAUCUUGAUGAAAUUUUAAACCAUUUAUUAAUAGAAGUAGGAACAUUUUUUUGUAUUCUAAUAUAGAUUUG